AUGUCAGUAAGAUUAGUUGCAAUUUUUGGGAUACUGGCGGUGGCGAAUGCUGUUCCAAUAUGGGUAAUUGCUCCAAAAAACGACCCCAGCUUUGGUCAAGCGCCCAAUGUGGCGUACGGCUUCGGUAGCGGCUUUAGCAGCGACGUGGCCGGAGUCAAGCACUCCACCAGCAUCGGAUCAUCCUUCUCCACCGGCGACGCGUCCGCUUACGGCGAAGGCCUCGCCAACACUGGGAAUAACUACGCAAGAGGAGUAGGCGCUGCCAACAACUACUACCAACCUACAAAUCAAUUGAGGCACUCUUUCCCCGCGUCCUCGUCACUAGCCCAAGCGUACAAUAGCCCUCAAUUCGGCUCAGCGAUUUCCAACGUUCAGAAUACACCUCCUUACCAACCCCAGUACCACGGCUACCGAGCCGCUAUCACAAACACAGUGGACAAUGGCCAGUACCAAACUGCUUUAUCUUCAGCCCAAAACGUGCAAGGUCAAGAUUACGAAUCCGCCGUUUCCGCGACCCAGCAAGGUCUGGGUUACAACUCGGCUAUUUCUAACGCUCAGUCAGUGAAUGGUGGUGGCUUGCGUUCAGCCACUGCCGCUUCUCAAGACGUGAACGGCUACAAAGCCAGUACAGCUCAUGCUGUCCAGCAAAAUGGUGCGUCUCUUCAGAACAGCGGAGCUACUACCAUCAAUGGCCCAGGCAUUCAAGCCGCGCAGUCACACGCAAUUAGUUAUUAUUAA